AUGGAAUCAUCAUCUGAAGCAGGCGAAUCACCGAGGAAAGAGAGAAAAAGGCACCAAUCAAGUGACUAUGAGACUUCUGAGAUUUCUCCAGGCGAGGAAAGCUCCGUAGAGGACCACAUCCCCAGCUGCAGUGAGAUGCAAGAAGAGAUCGAGGAGCUGAAUUCGACGAAACCUACGCCGAAAAGCAGAAAACGGGCGGCUCAAGGCGGCCCAGUCGACACUUUCAGCCCAUUUCACUUCAAAAACGAUAUUACGAGUAGUUUCUUGCCAUACGUGCCGAAAGUUUGGUCAGUGUAAAAUACGUACCGAAUUCCGACAGACGUGAUUUUAAACACUAUUCGGACGGGCGGCACCGAAGGAUUGGGCAGAGCAGAGCUGGGAAAAACGGUCGGUGACGAUUCUACGAGCAAAUCCGGCGGCCGUCGGGUAUCUGAUUGGAUUGUAAAAUGCACAACGGAGCAUCCCGAUCAUAUUGGACAAUUUCAGAAGAUGAACGGAAAAGUUCGCACUAUUAGAUAUUUCUGGAAACAAAACGAGCAACCGGAGCGUUUUGAGAAGCUUUUCGAAGAAUUUCAGCAAUUAACCGCAUGCCAAUGCCCAUUUAAAAUAGGAGAAGUUAUAUAGUUUCCUGGGAAGAAAUUGAACACUCUACGCGUCAGUGACGUCACUUUGAAGCGAUUCAAUCGAAUUAUUGCAUUGGUUAACCGAUUCAGAGUUAUUGUGACAAUUAGUCGACUUAUAAAAACGAUAUGCGAGCAGGAAAUGGCUGAUGGAUAUAAAUUUCAGAUCGACAAAAAAUCGGUGAUGAAAUGCCUUUUGGCACUCCAAACGAAAGGAUUCGUACGACUUUUUGAUACAACUGUUAGAUCUGAUAAUAUCAAUCAUCAGAUUCCCACCAACUCAACCAAAUCAUUCAUGGGAAGUACGUGAUGAUUCAAAUGCAUAUGUAUAUUUAGAAGAAGAAUCUCCAUAUCGUUUUAUGCCACCACAACCACAAUAUGAUGGAGUUGAUCGGGGAUGGUUUAUGACAUUGGAUCUACUUGCCGCGUUGCCGCUAUCGGUUUUUGUGCUCACCAAUUAUGUGCCAAAUACUAUUGAUAGUGCACCUAUACGACACGAGUACAAGUGCAAAGGGAUACGCAUGUGUGAAUCCAUCAAUUGGAGAGGGUGAAUAUGUGAAAUAUGAAUAUGAAUUGGCAACACGACAGGAUAUAGUUAUGUAUUGGCAUCAUUUGAGAGCUAUUGUCCAAUCUACACCACUUACAUAUCGUAUCGAUGAUAUUGGUGAUCGAAAGUUUACGCAGAGACAUCGGAAACUCGUCGAAGUCGACUACAUUACCGGAAUCGAAGAGCUCUACCCGAAAGUUGCGGCGGAUGGAGUCGCCGGAUUCGAUGCUGGGCUCUUUGUGCAUUUGAAACGUCAUUGGGAUCUAAUUACAGUACCACAUGGAACAGUUUCAUGGUUUAUACAGAGAUUCAGGAAAUGUUCGACCGAUUGCAAGCGAAUUGUUGAGCAAAGAGUAAAAUCUGUGCACAAAGACUGGAACAACUUCUCGCGGCUGUCGCUCGCCGACUCUGAUAUUGUUAGAACCUCAAAUCCGCUCAAAGUCGAAUAUCCGCCAAUUAAGAAGUUUGGCGGCACCAAUGCGCCGAAAUCCAAUCGAAAUACGCAAAAAGUAACUCCUCGAAUCCCAAAAAAGCGAAAAUUGGAUAGUGUGGAUAUUGUCAGCUCAUCGGCCCGUGUCAGUGUCCGCUGCCGUUUUACACCCAAGGAACGCGACCAGCUAAUCAUGAUUCGAUUUUGGCCGUCGGCUUCUUCUUGAAUCCGGUCUAUCGUUUCUGGUUGGAUCCAACAGUUCUUCGUGAUUUGAUGCAUGAAUUCGUACCGGAAAGCCGAAAUAAGACGGUCCAAAGCCUGAUGGCUUGUGGAGUUCGUGAGCUUGUUCGGGACAAUCGUCUGGCCUAUUUGCAGCGGGUUGUCCGGAAUUUGUCCACUUUUCCGGAAAUGCGCCGCCUCCGAUCGGAACUCUGCGGCACCAGUAUCCCCAACACAUUCAAAAACGGAAUUUUUCAAAGACGCUUUCAGAACCGCAAUGGUUCUUCUUUUUGUCGACAACAACCGUACUACAAUGACCGAUGCGAGGUUCCGUUCGUUUUUGAACGCUGGAAAUGUGUCUGUAACUAAAGAGAUUACGGUAUCCAACUCGGUUCCCCAUCGAUCACAGAAGCCUGUCACCUAUGGACAUAUUCAACAUUGUGUGGCGGCUAAUAUAUUGAUUAGCGUCUUGGUCCAUCAAAUGAAUGCUGGACAACCCGAGAAGAUUUUGGAUCAAAUUCCGCCUGCCGUGCUCUAAUCUGUGCUCCAAAGCCUUCGAACUGACGGACUUGUGUCCCGAAGUCGAACUCUUGAAGUUGUCACCGAGUUGGCUAAUAAGAAAGACGCUACGUUGUCUUUUUAUUUCCGUCACUUCUUCUACCACCGUUUCCACAGUAAUCUCAUCGAAGGCUCAGGUCGCCUACUCGACAAAAUUAAUGAUACUACUGCUGCCCAACAACAACUACAAACUACAAACGAACUCGACGGCGAUGGCCCAGAAAUUGCAAUCGCCGCGGCCAAAGCAUUCCAUCCGACUGAAAAAUUCGAUUUGGAAAUGAAUGUGGACGACGAUGAAAUUCUGAAAGUAUUUGAUAUACAAGAACAAGAGCAAAUUGUGAUGAAAAAAAUCCGACAUUUGGAGAAUUCUGACUUACAUUUCGAGCGAAUUCAUGUGAAUUUGGCGAAAAAAGAGCGAUUUUUUGACGACGUUCAGAGCUCGGAAAAUGACUCAAGCGACGAAAAACUCGCCGAAAUUUGCGAUUUUUUGAGCCAAAAUUGCCGGGAAAUCUCGAAUGCUGCGAAGCCUCCUCGAGCAACACUUGACGAAUGGAUUCAGACUGGAAAAUUCGAAAUACAACGUCGUCGAGAGAUCCGGGCGGUUUGCCACGUCAUCAAGGCCAUCGGUCAGAUGGGAAUUACACUUGGCGAGCUGUGUGGAAAAUUGAAAAUUGCCAUAGAGCAAAUUGCCGGAAUUUUGGCCGAUUUGAGCGGAGACAAGAAAUGGUGUCCGAGACCUUGGAUUGCGCCGGAAGGU